UAUUUUUUCAGGAGGUUGACUUGAAGUUCUAAGAUGGUUUUUCUGCAGGAGUUGUCAACAAAAGUGAUAGUGAUUUUAUAUUUGUGCCUGCUCCUAUUUUGUGCUCCGAAUUUUGCUGGAACUUUUCUCCUGACUUGGGAUCCUCCUCAAUACGUGCCUGAUGCAGCAACCCUUGCUAUGAUGAGGUCUCAGGAACCACUUGCCUACGUGCCAAUUAUGGCUGAUGAAAUUCCAACAACUCCGCCACCAAUGUUGAACGGCCCUUGGACUGUUCGAAAUGUCAAGGGAGGUGUUUUUGGUUUAAUUCAUCACCCUGUCUACUGUGUCGGUCCACACGAAGUUUACCAACAUUGCGACGCCCAUUGCGACCAAAUGUGUGAUGGGAGCAACAAAAUGGGUUUAUCUUGCGAUUACAGGAUCUGCCUGGCAGGAUGCAACUGCAAACCAGGUUACGCCAGGAAUGACCAGGAUAAAUGUAUUAGGAUUACGGAAUGCAAGAGACCUCCUAUCAAGGAGAAAAGCAGGAAGAAGAAAAAACUUCACAAGAAGCCGAAACCAAAUCGUGUUGAAAGAUUGGCAUGAAUUGUUAUUGACCAGCAUCUGGGUUUGGGCAUUGAUUGGCAGUUUUGUAUUUGGACCACCAAGUCUUUGUGGAAAUUUUUAGAAAAUUUAAGUUUUCUUAUCAACUACAUUCUUGCUAUUUUAUCAAUCAUCGUCUCAAUUCAAAAAACAAGUGAAACUAGAAAGUGCUCAGAACAGCUUGGAUUUUGUAGUUUAUUUCUUCAUUUCAGA